UGUAUAUAAUAUAAAUAGGCCAGUUUGAACAUGAAACAAAAUCCAAGAUUGAGCUUAGGCAAGCAAACCAAAAAUGGCAUUGAUGUUGGAGAGCCCUAAUGAGAUGCCUAAGCUCAUCUCCUUCCUCUCAUCUCUUCUCCAAAGUGUCGCCGAAUCGAACGAUCGCAGCCCGGGAUUCCAGCCGCAGAAGAUCUCGGUCUUCCAUGGCCUCACCCGGCCAACCAUCUCCGUCGCGACCUAUCUCGAAAGGAUCUUCAAGUAUGCAAAUUGUAGCCCUUCUUGCUACAUUGUUGCCUACGUCUACCUCGAUCGCUUCACGCAGCGCCACCCGUCAUUGCCUAUCAAUUCAUUUAAUGUCCACAGGCUGCUCAUCACUAGUGUCAUGCUUUCUGCUAAGUUCUUGGAUGACAUGUAUUAUAACAAUGCUUACUAUGCCAAAGUUGGAGGGAUCAGCACAACAGAAAUGAACUUUCUUGAAGUGGAUUUCCUAUUUGGAUUAGGGUUUCAUUUGAAUGUGACCCCAGCAACUUUUCAGACAUACUGUUUAUAUCUCCAUAGAGAAAUGAAUUUGCAGCCUCAGAUCAGCAGCAAUAUUAAUAUUAUUGCAGAAGAAAUUAAUGGGAGAUCAUCAAAAGUACCACAUUCUUGUUUUAAUGAAGAUGAAUCAUCACAUCAACAGCAACAGCAACUUGCUGUUUAAAUUUAUGUUUUUUUUUUUUUUUUUGGGUAUCUCUGUUAUUAUUAUUAUUAUUUUUUUCUUGGGAAUGUUUGGACCUUUUAAUCCAUUGGAAUGUACAGUUGCUUGUUUCCUUUCAA